CUCGAUUGCAGGACCUAGUGGUGAACUGCUAUCAGACACUCAGAGCAUUUUUUGCGUAUCCAGAAUGUUGUGAAGGGGACGCAGACGCGCAAAGAUUAUAGAUGUAGAGAAACGCACAGACCUACUCGUCCAAACUCUUAAUUCAAGAGGCUUUUCAUCUUUAUGAAGAUACAUCCUGGGCGUUUUUUUAAAUGAAAAUGCAGCGAAAUUUCCAAAGGACUCCUAUCGGUCUCCAUCUAAACAGGUUCUUCUGUGGAUGAGCCGUGGGUGACGAGGUCAGACUGUGUCUGUGUGUGCGAGAGAGAGAGAAAGAGAGAGAGAGGCAUCCCCAUCUCCAGCGGCAUCCACAGAGCUUCAGGGGCAGACUGACCCGCACGCUGCCCGGCUGCCAUGGAAUUUCACAGGGGACGAGACUCUGGCAUGCCCCUGCUCAAUUCUUUCCAAGGACUGUAACAAGCCAGCAUGAACGUCCUUCCUUCUUCCCCGGACACAACAAACAGAGCUAUGGCACCCGCAAGGUCAUCUAGUAGUGUAACCAAUGAAGAAAUCUGAUGCGUGGACAUUUUUGGCUCUUUCCUUUUUUUUACAGUUUGUGUAUCAAGGGAUGCAUCUGGUCACAUUUUUGUAACUUCUAAGAUCGGAGUCUCAAGUUUCCUCAUCUGACAAGAAAAAGGACAAGGACGAGAGAAAAACCUAUUUAUAUUUUUUUUACUGUUUUGAAUUCUCUGUCGUGGUGCAGAACCAUACUAGACAGCAUAGUAUUGAACAUGACUCAUGGGGAGGAAACUGGCCCUGAGACGCACCAAGACGAUUCCGCUGUUCUGACUUUUCUCGAAGGCCUACUCAUGCAUCAGGUCGCAGGGGCACAGCAGGGUGCCACCACCACCGCCACGCAGCAGAGAUGCCAGGCUGGGCACCCAGGUAUGCCAGGCAACCAAGAGCAAGGCACCAACAACAACAACAAAGCCACCUUGCCAGGCAGCCAAGGGCAGCCCAAUCACACCCCUCCACUGCCACACAACAACAACGCCGACCUGGAGAGGACGGUCACUGUGGCGACCAACGGCAGAGGCACACAGCACCUGAAGAAGGCCCGGCUCCUGAGGUCCGAGGUCUGGACGACGGAACACGAAAGCAAAACGAGGUCAUCACCACCACUACCACCACUACCACCUGCCGAGUCCAAUGGUCAGACACAGAAAGACAUGGACGAUCACCACGCCACCAGUGGUCUUAACGGCUCUUCCAAGACGUGUAAAGGUGGUGCUGGUGAGAGUACGUUGUUGGCCUCUUUGCUGCAGUCGUUCAGCUCCAGGCUCCAGAACGUGGCCCUUUCCCAACAGCUGGUCCAAAGCCUGAAACAUCACAACCAUCAGCAGCAGCAGCAACCGCAGCAGCAACCGCAGCCUCAGCCUCAGCAGGGGGAAGGCAGCAGCAGCAGCCACGUAGUUAACAGAAACCAACAGGAGACGGAUAAAGAGCCUGGGCUAUGCCGGCCCGAGUCCGCCUCCAGUCAGCUCAAGGGCCUGAUCAAAAAGAGCAAAGCCCAGAACCAGAGUAGUAACAACACUGUGCCUUACCAGCGGAGGCGGAACAGCCAGGAAAGACGUCAGCAACAACAACAGUGCCAAGAGGCUCCACCAAAGGUGCUGCAACACCAAAACACCUCAUCGUCCUCUCCCUCUCCCAAUGGCUCGAUUUCCUGUGCGAACCGACUGAAAGCUGUAGCGAACAUCGUGAACAUCAGGUCCAGUCCCGCGCCAUCCCCCAGGCCCAGCGUGGCGUGCAGUCAGCUAGCGCUUUUACUGUCCAGCGAGGCUCACUUGCAGCAGUACUCCCGAGAGCAAGCGCUCAAAGCGCAGCUCGCAGCGGGGCGAUCGGCUAGCGAAAGGCUCGCUGCCAUGGCGACGCAUAACAAAACGCCAGACGCAAAACAUCAGAGGACCACACCUGACACUCUUAGUUCCUUGCAUGUCAAAAACGGAUCUGCCGGAACCCCCGAGACGACUCUGACCCCCAACAUACAAAGUCUGAGUGGGACUCCGCCAAACCACCACGGCCGGACGGGGGACUCCCCUCGGCCUCCGCUCCCCUUCCGAGGGCGGCGGCCUUUCGAGAGGCCCUUUUCCAGCAGGCCGGCCCAGCACUGCAGCAGUUUGCUCUUGCAGCUGCUGAACAAUCACAACACCCAGCAUCAGCUCAACAGCCGAGGGCACAUGCGCAGCGACCUCAGCACCACCAAGUACGCCCAGGGCUCACCUGUGGCCCGCGGUGACCUCAGCACCAAGUACGCCCAGGGCUCACCUGUGGCCCGCGGUGACCUCAGCACCAAGUACGCCCAGGGCUCACCUGUGGCCCGCGGUGACCUCAGCACCAAGUACGCCCAGGGCUCACCUGUGGCCCGCGCUGACCUCAGCACCAGGUACGCUCACCAGGGCUCACCUGCGGCACGCUCUGACGGAGGGGGGCACUCGAGCCCUGACAGCAGCUUCCCCAAAGACAGCAGUGAUGCGGAGAGUAGUUGUAGUUCAAGCUGCACCCCCAUAGACCUGUCUCUUAAGGGCAGGAGGGUCAGUGUUCCUCCUCAACCUCCACCUCCACCUCCACCUCCACCCGUUCCCUCAUCGUCUUCCUCCUCCUCCUCCACCUCCUCCUCUCCUGCCUUAGACAGAAUCACAGAAUGUCUGAAAUGGAAGACUGACCCAGCCUCCUUGUUGCACUCAACCAUUUGCAACAACAACAGGGAGAGAGAGUUUGACAGUAGUAGUAGUAAUCACGAAAUGAAGCCACACCACAAGGUUACCCUUUUGCAGCUGUUGCUUGACCAUAAAAAUAAUGGGAACGUGAACAACAAGAACAAAAGUCUGAGUAAUCCAGAUUUGCACCCGGGUGUAAUCCCUAAGGUUCGUGGUGCGCCAGCGGCCAGACAUACUGUAGUGAACAGGUGUGAGGAAAUGACAAGGACUCGAAGUCCUCAGUGUGGACGUGUAAGUAAAAGCCCCCUGAUCUUGCCCCCUUUGUCGUAUGGCAAAGACACCAGAAGCAAUGCUUCUUCUCCAUACAGUUUAGUAUAUGACUCUUCUUCUCAUUCACAGUCCAUUCCCCUUGAUCUGUGCAAAUCAAACAAAUCAUUUCCAAGUGAGUCGAGCGUUUCGGAGGCUGGCUUCAGUGCCAGUAUGUUACUGCAGAAUUUAGCACAGUCAGGGAAACAGAGUGUAAGCCCAUCCCCGCCACCACUCAAAACCUCCAGCACCACAGUAGCAGCCUCCACAGUCCAGAGGCCACCUCAGGAAAAGAGGCUCAAUCACAGUUUGACUUUGCUGGAAAGGCUCAACGCUCCGCCGGUUCAGCAGAGCCCCUCACCCAGGUCCGACGGCUCUUAUGCUACUACAGCCUCGCAACAACGCCCAGAGUCCUUACAGUCCUCUUCCGAGAUCGAGAACCUGCUGGAAAGGCGCACCGUUCUCCAACUUCUCCUGGGAAAUCCAUCCAGCAAAGACAAAGUGGGGUGUAAUAAACGGAAAAGAGAACUGGGGCGGGGCAAUUGUCAGGACAACAAACCGUUCAGCAGCCAGUGUGAGAGCCUGGGUGUCUCAUCACAAAGCCCUGUGACGAUGAUGGACAUACCGGUAGCAGUGAAGACAGAGCCAGAGUCGCCUUCUGAGCAUCAUGAAACAUCUGGCCCUGAACGUCAGACCAGAAAGACCAGCCAGAACAUACUGUCAGACUCCAGCAGCACGAGCGGUUUGCUCAGUGUCCCCCACGUCACGGUCAUUAAACAGGAGCCCUCCUCCUCCCCAGAGACCGUCCCCAUCCCCAGAGACGGCCUCCUCAGCCACCUCCUCAAGCAGCCCAGGGCCGUCCUUUUCAGCACCUCCCCAGGCAACUGCAACUCCCAGAAGAUGGUCUCUGUCAAGGAGGAGGUGGAGCAGCAACCGGAGCAGCAGCACCAAGGGCCAACCAUCCCCAAGAAGCGGAAAUAUUCUCCAGAGCCCAAAGCAGGGCACCCCACUGGGAGUGAGACUUGCGUGACUCCUGACAGCCAUAAUAUUCAGAGGGCGACGAAUAGCAACAGCAACAACAACAAUAGCAGCAGCAGCGGUUUUGGCAGUAGCAGUAGCACUUGUUCUAACUCUGUAUUGCCAGGCAACGUAGAGGUCAAAGGUUCCCAAAGCCCUCCCAUCGCAGACAGCCCACCAAUGAGGUGCUCUGCUGCAGCUGUCAGUGACUCUCCCCCUGGUGGUGACAGCGCUGGCGGCUUUAACGUCCUGAAGCAACUCCUUCUCUCUAACAACAGUCUGAGGGAGUUCUCCCCUCAGUCCACGCUCCCCCCCACAGGUUCUCCCAAGCACAGUUACAACACACUCAGUAGUGGUGGCAGGGCCCCUCAUCAUCAGUCUGUGGACCACCACAACAACACAGACAAUAAGACCACUAGCGUGAUGCAAGUACAUGUCCCUGCUCCUGCUGACCCAAGGUCACAGAAUGCUGGGCUAACUAUGACCCAUCAUCAUCAUCAUCAUCAUCAUCAUCGUCAUACCGCUCCUGGAUCACCUGCUUGGAAUGCUCAGGGGACACAGGGGUCUCCGAAACCAAAAGUCGCCCCAACCACCACCAGUGGGGACGAGAAGGAGGAGGAGGAGGAGGACUCUCAGCCAGACUCACCUCGGCUGAUGAGAUCCAACCCCAUUCUGUACUACAUGCUGCAGAAGAACAAUGCAGAGAAGCUGAGGGAGAGCGGGGAAAGGGAACGGGGUAGGACUGCGUGCCCCGUGCUGCAGGUGAAAAUAAAAGAGGAACCCUCGUCCUCCAUAGACAGGCAGGAUUUUAUGCAGACGCUCAACCUGCGACAGACUGAGGGAGAUCAGAACGAGAGGUCUCACAGUGAGGCCCAGAGGCUGAAUGGGUCACUGAAAAAGACCCAGUGACCGAAUCAAGUCAUGUGACGUGGUGGCUGUUUGAUUUUCUGUCCCCCUUUUUAAAAUGUGUGAUUAUGUUAAUGUAGCAAUCAGUUAUGAGGCCAUUUGCGAGUUGUUUCCCUCUUCUUUGUGUUAUGUUUACAUAUACAAUUUGAAAUUCUGUUUCACAGAAGAAAAUAGUACUUUCUGAGGAAAGUAUAAUACCACCGUCUACUAUGACAGAGUUUCAUGGCACUUGAGUAUCUUUUUGUUAUGUUCAUUAUCUAUUUGUUAUGUUCAUGUGAAAGCAUCUGAUUGAUGCUUUUAAAGAUAUGUUACUCUUUUUCACUUGCCGAAUACAUGCGUGAUAAUCCCUUUUUGUGGGAAGUACUUUCGAAUAUCCUCCACCCUAAUUCACUAAAAGUGAUUAUUGAUCAGUACUGAGUGUCUCACUCGUGGAAAAUAAGACUUUUUUGAAAGAAGAAUGACCAUUUCAACAUUUGCAGCUGAUGUUUGUAAUGUUAUAAAUACUCAUAUGACUGACCCAAUCUGUUAUCAAGGGAAAGUGCCACGCUGAUGGAUUAAUGGUUUCAUGUGUGGCAUAAUAUUGUCUCCACAUUUCAGAGUAUGUGAUAUGGAUAGAAAAUAUUGGCAUUUUCUUCCAGAACUUCUUUAAUUUGUCCAUAUACUCAAUUAUUUGAUGAACUGCUUGUGAGCUGUACCAUGUCUAGCAGUUGUAACAUGUGCCAACAUGAACACGUGGUUUUUACUGUUUUAUUGGCAAGGCACAUACUGUAACAAGUAAAAUCAGUCCCUUAAGUUCAAAACUUUGAUCACUCAACAUACACAUAAUGCAAUCUCUGGAAUGAACAUCAGUUUGAAAUGACAUGUAUUUACUGUACACUGGGAGGGAAGUCCCAGCUUGACUAUGAGAUAACACCCAGUGUCAGUUAAGCAUCAAAGCUAUUUUUGAAGUGUCAACUGUGUCACAGGAAGGUAGUCAAAGAUGCAAGUUUUAUUUUUCUGUGUUUCCCUGAGAAGUUUUCUGACUCGUUACAUUUUAAAGUCUUACUUUUUCACUCACCGUAGCUUUAUUGUCACAGAUUCAUUGUUAGGUAUUGCAAUCUAAAUAUCUGUGCAUAGCUUAACUUUUAUGAAAAAACAAACUAUUUUGUAUGGAUGAAAGAGAGAUGUUUUAAAUUCCCCAGAGGAAAUAUUAACGCUUGUCAUGUGACACUGUAAAUAAUGGUAAAGAUAAAUUCAGUUCUUUAUUUGUUUUUUGUUUUUUUCAGUUUUCAGUCCCUCUUUUGCAUGUGUCUCGACAUGGUAAUAAUAUUACAGUAAUUUCUUCUGCAACAUGUUGUGUUAUGUCUGAUACUGACUGCCUGUUGCAUGACGUUGCAUGGGACGGCCCCUGUGUUGCAAAGGACACAGGGAGUCUAUGGAGUCCGAGUCUUAAAGCAUAGGUAUUCUGCCAUGAAGCCCAUAGCAUUAAAAAUGUGAUUUGUCCAUCAGUCAUAAGUUGUAGACUGCUGAACAAAAAGAUAAAAGACGAUAAAAAAACAGAAAUAGUUAAAAACUUUGGAAACAGAUGUGCAUUAUGUUUGUUAUUUUUUAUUGUUAAUAUUUGUUUGUUUUUGUUAUUAUUCACUUUUACAAGUAGAAGACUAACAAUCAACUCCUACACAGACAGUUCAAGUGCUAAAUCGAGUUAUGUUGGAACUUCAGAAUGACUGCUUGUUUAAAGAAUUAAAUAAAUACUGUAUGAAUAUGUGCAUUGUUUCCUGCAGAUAAACUGCUAUAUUAUUAUGAUUAUGGUUAAUAUAAUUUUGUAUUGUUUUCAUUUUUUGGUGUUUACUUGCACAGAUUUUAAAUAAAGUACUAAAAUGCACAACUUGAAUCAUAACUGUCUGCAGU